UUUAACUGUUCUAUGGAUCAACGUUCAAUUUGAUGAAAAACAUUCCUUACAUUAGAAUGUACCUUUAUAUAACAUAAAUCGGUAUUAGUGUAUAUUUUAAGAUAAAAGAUCUUAUGCGCGAAAUCAACAAUAGCUAUCACGUUUCUAGUGUUUUUUUUUAAAAACAUAUUUAAGUAGGUAGUGACCUAAUUGUUGGAGAGAACUUUUGAGCUCGUCGAAUUUCUAUCAUUCGAAUAUUUUCACCAGAAUGGACUAUAUCAAAAUUGAAUCACUUGUAUUUAUUCUCAUUUAAAUUUCUCCUGCAUUUUUUUGUUCGUUUUUUUACUACAGAAUCAUGAGCGAAUUAACAGUUGAAGGUGGAGUUAUAGACGAUUUGAGAAAGUUAACUACAAUCGAUGAUAGCUGCCCUAGUUGUCGUGCAGUCGGCUCAAUUAUCCCUUUAACCCUGUCUGCUUAUAUAAUGUAUGCGUGUAAAGAUCAAGCCUCCAAGUAUGCUGGUGUAAAAAAAGUGUCAUAUUUGACUCUAUGCACUAGUAUGUCAUUGGGUUUAUUGUACCUUGGAGGGAGUCAGUUGUUCUCUCGGUGGAAUGAAAAACUAUCAAUGAAAGCCUCAUAGAUGAAUCUAUAUAACAUUUCGUCUUUUGUAAUGUUAUUUUACUUCGAAAAAAGCGUAGUUUCGUUAUUCAACAUUAUUUUUGUUAAAAUUAACCACGUUACGUAAUUUUUUUGACCAUUGAAAUUUAAAUUAUUCCAACUGAUCGUCCAGAAAGCUUGUUUGGACUAAGAACUAAGUAAUAAAAAAAAUCGAAAUUAUCAAGGACUAAAUGAAGUUUUCAAGAUGAAAAUUUUAUCCAAUCAUCUCAUAAGAUAUGAAAUAUGUGAAACAGAAUGGAUGUACUUGCGUAUGUGCCUUUAUGUUGUGAAUAAAUAAAAUCU